GCAAUAUUAGCCUUCUCUUAAUUUAGAACAAAUGACUAUUAACCCAUUUGUCACUUGACCUGGGUUGUCUGCCUUUGUUAGGCUUAUUUAGUUUCUUUUCAAUUAUUUUUAACUAGUUCAAUUACCUGUAUUUAGCUGAAAAUACUGAGAUCAACACUAUGGAUCAAGACAGCGAUAGAAUGGAUGAGUUCUCAGACAGUGAGGACCCAUUUUCACUGAGACCUCAGGAAGAAGAGGAGGAGGAUGAAAAUGAAGAGAAGGAUGAGGAAGAAGAUGAUCGUAUCUUCAAUGCCUGGAUGCAACAGUACAGAGGCAAAAGACAGGAUAAACCUGCAGAGGAGAGUGAGGAGGAAGGAGCAUCAGAUGAAGGAAGAACAGAAAGUAGACUCAGUUUGGAACAGCUGACCCGAUUAAGGACCGACCGACGGGCAUCUUUGCCAUGUCCGUCUACUCUCUCGUCCAUGCAGCUGUCCCGUCUCCAUUCAUCCAUCCAGACUCCAGUAACGGCCAGAGUCCUGCUUCGACGCUCCUCCUCACGUCGCCUUCUGCCCCCGCCACAGGAGGAUGCUGCAGACACUGCUACUCCCACAGAGCGAAGACUCUCCCUGACUUCUACGAUCCCAGGGGCUGCAGUGCGCGAGAGGAAGGGGCAGUUUAGGAGACGCAGUGUCAUGUCUUUGGGGGAUGCAGACAGGCUUUGUCUCAUCUGUCACAACGACCUACACCAGGGCACUGGUGGAACCAGAGAAUUACAGUGUACUCACACCUUUCACAGAGAGUGUAUAGAAGAGUGGCUGUGGAGGAAACAGUCCUGUCCCACCUGUCACAGCCACGUGUCCAUGCCCAAACCCGUCUACUGGAGCUCUUCCAGGGUUAAAGUGCCAUGAGUCCAUCAACUCCAAAAGUAGAGAGAUAAUCCACACCAUU